GUUAUCUCACAUCAUCCAUGAUCAUCCCUCCACCAUGCCUACCACGAAACCCUUAGUGCUCAUCACCGGCGCCAACCAAGGCCUCGGCUUUGCCACUGCCAGCCAGCUCGCCAGCACGGGUCGAUACCACCUGUUAAUAGCGUCUCGAUCCCGAGAAAAGUCAGCGGCUGCAAUUCAGGAACUGCAAGCACUGUCCAACACUGUAGACGCAACAGCAUUCACACCCCUGGUACUGGAUGUCACCGACGAUGAAUCCAUCCGGACAGCCGCCCAAGAAGUCACCGAUCAGUUCGGGUCCUUGGAUAUCCUCAUCAACAAUGCAGGCAUCAGUCGACCCGCCGAUCCUAGUCUAGGCCUCCGGGAAAGUUUCCGCGCCGUAUUCGAGAUCAACGUCUUCGGGGUGGCCGUGAUGACAGCCACCUUUCUGCCACUGCUCCGGGCGUCAACGUACCCCGACCGACGGAUCGUGAAUGUAUCCAGUGGACUGGGCCAGAUCGGAGUCGCCUUAUCACCCAGUUCUCCCUAUAACGUGAAUGCGUUCGCCCUGCCCAUCUACCGGAGUAGCAAGUCAGCCGUGAAUAUGAUCACAGCCGUGGAUGCAGUCACGUUGGCGAAGGAGGGCAUCCUGGCAGUGGCGGUGGAUCCGGGCUACUGCCGGACGAAUUUCAAUGGGAAUCGCGGGCGCAAGGAUCCGGGGUUGGGGGCGCAGGUGAUUGUACGGGCGGCGACGGAGGGAGAUCCGAAGGAGAUGGUGGGGAGGUUGGUGGAUGAUGAUGAUUCAUUGGCGGAGUUUGGAUGGUAGGCCUCUGACUAUGGAACUAGGCCGGUUUCCUCUUAUCCGUGUAAGAUACUACUACUUCAAUUAGUCUUGAUUGUAGCUUAUCACUGGCCCGAGCAGCCGCCACGCGAUAACGCGAGCCAUCAUUCC